AUGAGCCUCCUCACCCCCGAUGUCGAUCUCUCAGAUUUCUGGCGGGUCCGUGUUCUCCUCCAGCCGACGGAGGGAACCUCCCCGUCUCUCUUCUCUGAGCUGUCUCUCUGCCUCACCCGCUGUUUCUCCUGCCUUCCCUUGGCCUCCCUGCCCGUCUCCCCGGCGGAUCCGCAUGUCGCACCGUUCCUUUCCUCCCCGAACAACAGGAAGACACAGGCAGCCAACCUCUGGCUCUCCUUCGUUACACCCCAAUACCUAAACAGUGACUGGUCAGACCUCUAUGUGCACAAGCAGGUGCUGGGCGCCAUUGCGAUCCACAUACCAAGCGCACAGCGAUUCAACGCAUCCCACCCUACUGCGCAAGACUCCUCCGCCUUCAAAGUUCUCCCUGCCCCCCCGACUGCCCGUACUGCUGAGGAUGAGGCCAAACAACAGGCUUCCGAAUUUCGCCGAAUGCUCCAGGAGGAGUACCCUACGGUCCUCGUGAAGAGAGUCGUUUGUCUGCUUCCCCCUGCUCCUGGCACUGCAUCGGCAACAGACCGAGCCACUUCAGAGGAAGACGACGAAUUGGCUCUUCUUCCAGAGUCGCUAUGGGAGCACCUAACCGGAUCCGACCAAAGAGCUCCCGUGCGAGAGAUGCAGGGGGCCCUAGAGGGGCCCCUGCGGUCUUUCUGUGCUGCGCUGCUGCGGCAGAUGGGCGCUCUUGUUCUUCGCACUCCCGAUGUCUGCAGGCCCCUUGUGACUCCUCUUGAUGGAGCUUUGCUGCCUUCUUCCCCCUCGGAGACAGUGGGCUUGCCUCCGUCUCCUGUUUCGAUGGGCAGACUCCCUGGGCCCCCCGCAAUCCCGGGUGUACAGACAGGUGCUGCUGCAGGGCUGUUUCGGCUGAUGGCCUCCCGCCUGCAGAAGCAGACUGCGGAUUUGCUGCUGCUCGGAGGAGCUCCUGCAGCAGCUGCGCAGCUGUACCUUGCCGCAGCGGAGGCAGCAAGGGCUCACGGGGACGUUAUUUGGCAAGCGGCAGCAGUGCAAGGCCAGGCAGCUGCGGUGUACGCUUACAUGCAGCCCAUGCUGAGGGAGGCAGAGUGUGCGAGCUGCCCCUCGACGGCUCCUGGAGGCAACCCCUCCAACUGCGCGAGUGGCGAGGCGAGGGCGGAAAUAGACGAGGCAGCGGCUGGAGCAGCGACGACGCUCGAUGGAACGGAGAAAGAAUCCCCCCUGUACCGCAGCAACUCCAUGCCCAGUGCGCCCACGGAGAGCAGCCUUAUGAAGGGGCCUUCGAACGCUGAUCCUCUACCUCCUUCCAUAGAAGCGAUUCUGCUGCAGUAUCAGCAGCGUCGCGCGGGGGCCCCCGUGGGCACAGGGGGCCCCCAAGGGGGGGGCUUGGGGGCCCCCAGCGGAGUUCCCGCAGUCGAGGGAUCAGGAGGCAAGGGGAUUCCCUUGCUGCAGCCUCUUUCGGCUGCAGGGGGCCCCUAUGGAGGCGCUGCUCCAAAGGGGUACGGUGCUGGCGAGAGGGAGGUCGACAAAGCGCAUGCAGCGCAAGUGCAGCUGGCACUGGAUGCCAUCAGCCGCAAGCUUCGAGAUGCCUCUCACGCGUAUCAGUCGCAUCCUGGGGGCUUUCUGCUGCACGCCUGCUGCUCUUUGCUGCUGUGUCGCUUCCUGGCGACGCAUGGCUCGAAGCUUGAGUGUCUUCAGUGCGUUUCCUCUGCGGCGGAGAGGGCGAAGCGCUUGCCCGUCAAGGAUUUCGUGUGUCUGUUGGGGGCCCUCGGCGGUCUUUGUGGGGCCCUGGGGGCCCCCCGGAAAGCCGCCUUCCUCCUGCACCGCGUGUGCAUGGCUCUCAUGGAGGCGCAGCGGUGGGAGGCUGCCCACUACGCUGCAGCUCUCGCUGCUCCCUGUUAUCACCUCGCGGCUUUGCACCUCGCUCCUCCAGACCGACUGCAUCCCCUCGCGCACAGACGUGCGACACUCCUUAAGGGCCUCGCGGGGCUGGAGCAGCAGGAUGCAUGCGGAGCCUCCUCUCGGCAGACGGCACUGGGGAGCGAUUUCGCGGGGUUCUGCAGGCAGUCUUCUGCCAGCCUGAUGCGGGCAGAGGGGCCCUCAGACGCGCUUUCUGAGCGCGCGGCUUUAGCCGACAAGUCCCCUUCUUCUCCGAGGCACAGCGCAUCCGCCUCAGCGCAGGGGGGCCUCUCGGAGAAGAGCGAGUCGCCAUACUUCCCGGUGCCUUCGCGACGUCGACUUGCCGAGGGCGCUCGGGGGGGAGGCAGCGGCAAGAGCAGCAAGGCGCGAGGGCCCUUCCUCACUUCUCUGUGGAGGCUCGUGCACGAACUGCAGACAACGGCGCACUCGCCGGAUUCCACGAGGUGGAGGGCUCCCUCCCGCUGGGCGCUCCGUUGCCGGGGGGGGCCCCCGGGGCCCCUGUCUCCGGGGGGCCCCUCUCUUUGGGCCUUCUUGCUCCGGCAUGCUGAGCGAUUGCGAUUUACAAACAACGAAGUUCGAGUGGCUUGGCCGGCGCUGCAGUCUCGCGUGCUGCACGUCUUGAAAGUCUCGGCAGAGCAGCUUGGCGACUUCUCGCGGGUCGCCUGGUACUCCUUCGCAUCUCUGAAGCUGCUGUAUCCAGUGAUCGACGCCAAGGCGCAAGCUAGCGCCGUCAUGGUCCUACAGGCAGCUGCUGGCCGAAGAGCGACCACCCCUCUGUGUUUGCCUCCCGUUUUGACGAUCCUGAUGCCCCGUGCACCCACCGAUCGACGCGGAGGGCCCCUCAAACCCAACGGGGGGGGCCCCCCGGGGGCCCCCAAGAAUCUCAACAGAGGCACCGCUUCCGCGAAUCGGGGGGGGGCCUCCCGACCAGGCGAAGACAAGCUCAGCUAUCUCGGGGGUAUGUGCAGAGGCUCUGUGGCUCCCUUGCCGCUGCUCACCAAGCUUCUGCCUCUUGUUGACUCUGCACCUCCUGGAAGUCUCGCCGCGCCGGGAGGCACGGCUCCGGGGGGGACGGACGGAUCUGUUCUCUCCAGCUCGAUCUCCGUCCCCCCUAAGAGCGCCAAUGACGUCUUGAUGUUCAACCCCUUCCGUAAAGACGUGGGAUCGGGAACCCCUGCACGCCUCUCGCCCUCUGGCUUGUGGGUAAGGGGGGAACUGCGGACUGUGCAAGUCUCUGUUCGGAAUCCUUUGAGCGUCGAGCUCGUGCUAGACAAAGCCAAAGUGAUUGUCUGCGGCGCGAAGGCGGAAGUUUAUCCCGUGACCGUCCUCGUGCCUCCUUCGGCAGCGCACCAAGUCACCUUCGAGGUCACAGUUAUGCCGCGGGAAACAGGCUACCUCUACUUUACGGGGCUUUCCUACACCUUAAACAGAGUGCAGUGCUGUCAGUUGCUUGUGAGACAAAGCGAGAAGCUUGAUGGUCUUCUGAGCAACAGCAAUUUCGUUGGCACGCCUUCGGGUUUGUUUCCUGGAAUGGCUGGCGGCGUAGGAGGCACUUACUUGCAGAGUGGGGGGGUUCUACAAGAAUUGGACGUUCGAUUCAAGACGCAGGCGGAUACGGCAGCAGCAGCAGCAGCUGCUGCUGCAGCAGCUGCAACUGCUGCUGCUACAGACGAUUGGCUUCCAGGAGAGGAGUUCGCCGAGGCUGCGGGGGAGUUGCUGGAGUACAGUGCAGCCGCUUGCGUGGAGGUUAUUCCGGAGCUGCCUUUGCUGCGCAUCUCGCUUGAGGCUGCUGCUCCAGCAUCCUUUCCAGCGUCGGAGGAGUCGAGGCGACGGGGAACUAUUUGGUCGGAAGUUCAGAGUGAUUCAGCGUUUACGGUGUCGUGUCUCCAGCGAGGCAGUGGCUCUUGGGAAGGCCGAUGCUCUCAGGCUGCUUCUCACCGACGUUGGGGCAGUAGGAAGGAGGAAGGAGAAGACGGUUCUUCGUCUUCCAGCGAGGAAGAUGAGGCUUGGGGGGCCUCAUCUUCUUCGCUUGAGGGAGCCUCAGGAGAAGGGGAUGCAGGCUUGCUCGCUGCCUUUUCGUUCGACUCCAGGAGACACGUCCAGCAGGGCUUUGAGGCAGUACGUUGCGCUAGAGGGGCGAAGGGAUCUGCAGUCGCCUCGGCAGAUCCCCGACACUCCCCAGUCUGGGAAGGCCAGCACCGACUCCUGUCUGUACACCUGGAGAACGUGGGGCGUAUCCCCGUGGGAGACCUUUCCUUCAAGGUGCUUACGCCGAAUGCUACCGAGCCAAAUCCGAAGCAGAAGAUGGCUCUUGAAAGGCUUUUUCAAGUUCUUUGGAAGCGUGAAAGUGCUCCUGCCUGCUUAGGGCCCGCAGGAACAGUCGAGUUUUCCCCUGCAGGAUUUCGAGGCGAGGCCUCUUGCGAAGACUACCUGGAUUUAAAUCCUUCCCUUCUUCAGAGUGCCUCAUCAGGAUUCCCCAGCGGCGACGCCUCACACAUUUCGCCCUUCUUGCCGCCUUGGAAGGCUCCCCCAGAAGGAGCAACGGUGUCUUUCGACCCUCUGCCUCUGCGAGGAAGACUUCCCAACGAUGGCUCAGAGAAAAACGCCUCGGAAAGGGAAAAAACGGAGUCUCCAGCCUCGAGAUUCGAGAAAACCCCACUCAUUCAACCAGGACAGAGAGUUCGAAUUCCUCUAAGAUGCAUUGCCAGCGAGCGAUAUCCCUCGUGCUUUAUAGAGGUCUCGUAUUCUCUGUCGGCUGAUUAUCCUUAUCACCGAGUGGUGUACAUACCGCUCAGCCUCCGUGUGCAGAGCGGCUUGCAUCUUCGUCCGCAAGGCCUCUCUCUCUUUCCGGUGUCUUGUUUCGAUCCUCUGGCAGUUCUCAGGACGCUUUGUUACUCGGGUUUUUGCCCAGAGGCGCUCGCGGCAGAGCUGGGCAUGGGGGCCCCUUAUUGGAGUCUCCCCCCCGACGAGGAGGGCCCCUUGGGGGCCCCCGGGGACUCGGAGAGCGAGGGGCUAGGCGGGGGCGGGGGGGCCUCCGGGGGCCCUCUGGGGUCGCCCGGGGCAGCCAGUCUUGCAUGCAGACCCCAGGAGGGGGGGGCCCCCUGGACCCCCUUCCAGCCACGUGCUGAUGGCAGAAGCAGUCGCAGAGUCUCCUUGGAUAGUGGUACAGGAACUGUCGGAGCGCUGGGGGGAGGCAUAGUGGCGACGGGGGGCCCCUCCCCUCCUCCGGUGUCGUCUUGGUGGGGGGCGGGAGCGGGGGGCCCCGGCGUCAAACACGAGUUCGACUACAGCAGAUGCAUCUUGUGUCUGGAUCUGACGAAUGCUGCCCCCGUAGACUUCGAGUGCUGGGCUUUAGGCGAUAAAGCCUCAGGCCCUCAAAGACUCAGUGUGGGACCUCAUGAUUCCCAGUCAAGGUGGGCUUUGUGGGUAAGUCGCUUAUCUCUUCCUCCCGACGCUGAUGUAGAGACGUCCCUCUCAGAGCUCGAGAGACGGCUGCAGCUGCGGUGGAAGACGUUUCCUUCGCAGCAGGGAUCUCUCUGCCUCUUUGCACUGCUGGAGAAGGCAGCGAGAGUGGCUUUGCAGCGGCGUGGAGGGGCAGCCGCUUUGGGGGCUGCCGCCAACGCGCAUGCAGCAGGGGGGGGAGCGAGACUGCCGGGGAAGGAUCUUUCCAGGGAGGAUGCGGCUGCUAAGGCAGUAGGAGGAGCUCAUGAAGGCCUGUCGCAACAAACGCGCAAGUCGCCGAACAAAGAGGAGGCUGGGAAUGCCCCUACGCAGCAGGAGCCACAACAAACAGCAGAUGAAGAAGAAGAAGCAGUGCCGCAACAUGAGUUGAUGAAUCUUCUUCAGCUACCCCACCUUGCGGCCCCAAAG